AUGCAGCCUCGGCGACCCACACAGAACCUUCAAAGUCAAUCCAAUAGCAGCCCGAAGAUGUCUGGGUGUACGCGUGUGCUCAAGUGUCUGACUGCGAGCAGAGCAAGGAGAGAGCUGGAGACGAUGUGUGUGUGCGCGCGCGGAAGGAGCGCGCGCGGGGGAGGCGCGCUCGGGACCGCGCAUUCGCGCGCGCCGAGGCCGCUCGGAGCAGCAGCAGCAGCAGCAGGAGGAGGAGGAGGAGGAAGGGGAAGAGGAGGAGGAGGAGAAAGUGGCUCUCAGCGGCCCGCCGGAUUAAAAGUAACCAGACUCGUCCAGAAAACUGCGUCCAGGAAGGAAGUGACAGAAGACGAAUGGGAAAAGGAGAGCCGCUCACAGCCUUUGAAACAUCGCACAACACCGCGAGCGGCGGCUGCCUGCUCUCUCCCGGCGCCGCCGCCGAGGACGCUCGGAGGACCGAGUCUUCGGCUGCAGCGCGCUCGCUCCCCGGGGACGCUGCGAGCCAGCCAGCAGGAAAGUCCUUCUAAAGUCGGGAUCUUUCCUCUGACCAAUAGGAGCGCGACCCUAACAGUUGCUCUUAUGACUUUCCCCCGCGUUUGGAGACGCGUUAACCACUUCAUUCUUCCACCCGUCCGAGCGCUCCUCCGUUAUUAACGCUUAAAACCCCCAGACUACGGUGUCCGCAGCACUCGAUUCCAGCGCGCCUUCCCUUCAAAAUAUGCGGUUGUCGGCCCUGAGAGGUUGGAGGGCAAGAAAGUGAACCGAAAUGCUUUUCAAGUGUUAGUAAUGUAUAAAAUAAUAAAAGAA